AAAUUGGAGAUUACCGCUCUCGUUAAAGGAAAUUAAUGUUUCCUUCUUGUCAUUUUCAACGAAAUUGUGACAUUAUUUUCCUGUCUUUUAACUAUCCCUUUAAUUGAGUGAUUACGGUUGGUGCUUGCCAUUGAAGUGUCGGGCCAUUUGGGGAUUAGGCAAGUUGUGUUUAGUGAACACCAUGCAGCACCCUGUUCCAUUCAAGCGGCGUCGAUGGUGGAACGUCGAUCAGAAGGUGGUGUAUGGUCUGGGACAUGUGUACAAUGACCUAUGCGCGGCGAUGUGGUUUUCAUACAUGAUGCUUUACUUUCAAGCCGUGCUCGAAAUGAGAGCUGCUGUGGCUGGGGCUAUGCUGUUAUUAGGGCAAGUUGUUGACGCGCUGGCGACACCUGUAGUAGGAGUUUUAGCCGAUAAGUACAGCACCAAAAAAGUAUGGCAUCUAACAGGUUGCAUGUUAGUUGCUUGCACGUUUCCAUUGUUGUUCGUGAGAUGUCUGGGCUGCAACGUCAGUGAAAACCUGGCUUAUCUUUCGUGGUGGAUGCCUCUCUACUAUGGUUCCCUCAUAGUUGUCUUUCAAAUAGGCUGGGCGAUUGUCCAAAUAUCUCACUUAGCGAUAAUACCAUCGAUUUCUGAUUCCCUACAAGUUCGAUCGGAUUUAACGUCUAUUAGAUACAUGGCAUCAGUAUUAUCAAGUUUGACAGUUUACUUUAUAACAUGGAUCGUUUUAAGAGCUUCAAACUACAGCAAUUUCAUAGGACCCUCCGAUGAUUACAAAUUUAGGGAUGUUUCGAUAAUAAUUACUUGCAUCGGAAUAACUACAUUUACUGUAUUUCACAUAUAUUUCAAGAAUAGAUCUAUGAAAAAUCGUAAAGAUAUUACCGCAAGUAAUGGAGUAAAUACCAGUAAUGGUAAACAACUAAAUAUAGAAGAGGGUGAACCAUUUCAAAUGCCGGCUGUGUCUCAAAUUUUUCAUUUUCUACAAAUGCCAAUGUUGUAUCAAACAAGUUUGUUGUACGUAUUUUCGCGUCUAUACUGGGCUCUUAGCCUGGUCUACGUGCCACUGUUUCUAGAAGAGCGUCUGUCUGUGAACCCGAACGAGGGCUCGGAGCUGGUGGCCAGUGUUCCACUGGUACUCUACAUCUCGUCUCUUCUCUUUUCAUUUUUGCUUAAAAGCAAAAUAAGUAGCUGCGGCAAUCAGGUGGCAUACUUCAUAGGCAGUAUAUUGAGUUUGAUCAGCAGUCUCUGGAUAGCACUGACAAUAAGUCCAGAGGCCAGCAUUGUACAAAUAUAUUUAGUUGCUACAUUAAUAGGAGCUGGGAGUUCAAUAACCUUGGUAUCCAGCCUGUGCGUUACAGCGGACUUGAUUGGACCCCAUUCACACCAGGGAGCUUCCGUGUAUUCUAUUGUUACAUUUGCGGAUAAAUUAGUCACUGGAAUUGCAGUUGUAGCCAUUGAAAAUUACAAAUGCGACGAUGUUCUCAACUGUCCUCAGUAUUACCGCGGUGUGCUGACAUACGCGUGCGGAGGCAGCGCCCUCCUCGGCGUGAUCUCACUCUCCGUCACUAUGUUCAUGUCUAAAUGUAAAGUUAAAGCAUGAUUUAGUUAAUUAAGUGACUUUUUUCAUGUGGCAGCUUCACUUGCGACGUCACGAGUAACGCGUAUUUGUGUGCGAUUACCAGCUACGUGGAAAUAAUCACUAAAACUUAUAUUUAUUAUAA